CCCCGGGGCGGAUGGCUUGGGCCGCCCGGCUCCGCGGCGCGGCCACGCGCGCCCUCCUGCUCCCGCUGCUGCUGCUGCUGCUGCUGCUCCCGCCGCCGCCGCUGCUGGCCCGGGCCCCGCGCUUGCCGGAUGCCUACCGCCGCCACCCAGUGAGGAGGGGGCCGCAGCCCUGGCGUGAAGCUCCUCCUAGCAGCCCGGCACCUGCCCCGACUACCCAGGAGGCCCCUCAGCCUGCCGCCGGCCCCAGACCUCCCCGCUGCGGCGUGCCUGACCCGCUGGACGGGCCGAGCGCCCGCAACCGACAAAAGCGGUUCGUGCUGUCGGGCGGGCGCUGGGAGAAGACGGACCUCACCUACAGGAUCCUCCGGUUCCCAUGGCAGCUGGUGCGGGAACAGGUGCGGCAGACGGUGGCAGAGGCCCUACAGGUAUGGAGUGAUGUGACGCCACUCACCUUUACCGAGGUGCACGAGGGCCACGCUGACAUCAUAAUCGACUUCACCAGGUACUGGCAUGGGGACAACCUGCCGUUUGAUGGACCUGGGGGCAUCCUGGCCCACGCCUUCUUCCCCAAGACCCACAGAGAAGGGGAUGUCCACUUCGACUAUGACGAGACCUGGACAAUCGGGGACAACCAGGGCACAGACCUCCUGCAGGUGGCAGCCCACGAAUUUGGCCAUGUGCUAGGGCUGCAGCACACGACAGCUGCUAAGGCCCUCAUGUCCCCUUUCUACACCUUCCGAUACCCGCUGAGCCUCAGCCCGGAUGACCGCAGGGGCAUCCAGCACCUCUACGGCCGGCCUCGGCUAGCCCCCACCUCUAGGCCCCCAGACCUGGGCCCCAGGGCCAGGGUGGACACCAACGAGAUUGCACCUCUGGAGCCAGAUGCCCCACCAGAUGCCUGCCAGGUCUCCUUUGAUGCAGUCGCCACCAUCCGCGGCGAACUCUUCUUCUUCAAGGCAGGCUUUGUAUGGCGGCUGCGCGGGGGCCGGCUGCAGCCCGGCUACCCUGCGCUGGCCUCACGCCACUGGCAGGGGCUGCCCACCUCCGUGGAUGCAGCCUUCGAGGAUGCCCAGGGCCACAUCUGGUUCUUCCAAGGAGCUCAAUACUGGGUAUACGAUGGUGAGAAGCCAGUCCUGGGCCCCGCGCCCCUUUCUGAGCUGGGCCUGCUGGGGUCCCUGGUCCACGCCGCCCUGGUCUGGGGCCCCGAGAAGAACAAGAUCUACUUCUUCCGAGGCGGAGACUACUGGCGCUUCCACCCCAGCACCCGCCGUGUGGACAGCCCCGUGCCCCGCCGGGCCACCGACUGGCGAGGGGUGCCCUCUGAGAUCGACGCUGCAUUCCAGGAUGCUGAUGGCUAUGCCUACUUCCUGCGCGGCCGCCUCUACUGGAAGUUUGACCCUGUGAAGGUGAAGGCCCUGGAGGGCUUCCCCCGCCUCGUGGGCCCCGACUUCUUUGGGUGUACCGAGCCUGCCAAUACUUUCCGCUAACCACGGUUUGGAUAUCCUCAGGGCCCUUAACCCCUGCCAGGACACUGACAUCGGCUGGAGACCAUGGCCAUCUUUGUGGCUGUGGGCACUGGGCGCAACACGGAGCUGUGCCUACUGGGGGGU